AUGUCUUAUUCGAUAUGGAUGGUCUUCUACUGUGAAGGAUUCUUGUUGAAACUGACCGCUCUACUAAUGCCACACUUUAUCAGUGACUCGGAAAGAGUGUACACUGAAAUAUGGUUUCGAGAUGACUUGGGAUAUCAAGUCCCAGUUGAUGGGAAAACGUCUGUAGACAUUCAUUCAACAGGUUAUAUACUCGGUAUUUACCAGUGUUUAACACCUCUAUUUCCAGCGGAACGUGUUAGCGCGGAGCUGCUUUGGGCUCUCCUUCCUGGAAUCGAAAAGCACCUCAGCGUGGAUGACUACAUCACCGAACGGCGACGUUUACAGGACCUACAGUGGCCUCAUGUUUCUCUUCUUCCAGGAGCUGCCAAACUUGUCAGGCAUCUCCACGCUCAUAAUAUCCCCAUUGCGGUGGCGACAGGCUCUCUUCGUCGAAACUUCUUGUUAAAGACGGCCGAUGAGAGGUGCUCCAAGGAGAAGGUGGAGGUCUUUCAAUUAUUCAGAGAGAAGGUGAUUUGUGGCGACGAUGGCCCCAUGGGAAGAAGCAUAUGGGGUACCGAAAAGGUAGUAAGAGGGAAGCCAGCCCCUGAUAUCUUCUUAUGUGCGGCGGAGAUGGUUGGUAGGAAUGUUGGGAGAGAUGAAAUAGAUGUAUCUGAAGAACAGAAAGUGGAAAGGAAAAGGGGGCUCGUCUUUGAGGAUGGCAUCCCAGGAGUAGAAGCUGCCUCUAGGGCGGGAAUGCAAGGUGAGCCAUUGAUAACUGUCAGAAGUAGCAAAGAAACUCACCACCUUCCAUCAGUGGUAUGGGUUCCAGACGCAAACUUGUUGGCUCUAGAUCCUAAACUCGACGUACCCAAAAUCUCUACGUUAGAAAAUUUCAUACCCGAAGAAUGGGGUUUGCCACCAUAUGAUGCUGACCCGCGCCGUUGA